AUGGCAGCAAUCUCAAGAGUGAACAUCACAACCACCCCAGAAAACUUGAUCUCCAAACCAACAGAUUCAUCAAAAUCUCACCUCUUCAGACUUUCAUUGCCAACCACCCCAUGGAGGAGGUGCACCGCCCGCCGGAUGUACAUCCGGCCGGUGGCAGCCGUCCCCGACAAGCUGUCCGGGAAGGUGGAGGAAAGCAUCAAGAAUGCACAGGAGGCCUGCUCGGAGGACCCCGUCAGCGGCGAAUGCAAGGCCGCGUGGGACGAGGUGGAGGAGCUGAGCGCGGCGGCCAGCCAUGCUAGGGACAGGCAGAAGGAAGCUGAUCCAUUGGAGAACUACUGCAAGGAUAAUCCAGAGACAGAUGAGUGCAGAACUUAUGAUGACUAACUUGUGUUUCUUGAUCUCAAACCUAUGCUUCAAUGUUCCCUUCUACUAAUGUAUGAAACAAAGAUCAAGAGGGAUGUAUGAAUGCUAGAGAAUUUAUUCACUACAUCUAAUUAA